AUGAGUAAUUCAAAAUCACCAAAACUCCAUAUUGGAAAGUUAAAUAUUAUCAACGAACCUGAAGUAGUUGAUUCUGUCCCUAAAUCAACUCCAAGAAAUAGAAGAUUAUUUACAGAUCCAAAGAAGAUAAAUAAAAUAGAAAAACUUGAAAAAUCAAUUCGAGAUAAAGGGUUAUAUGGAUUUAUUAAAAGCCCUCGGUCAUCAAGUACUAGCCCAAGAAAUACCUCUCCACAGUUUAAAAAAACUGGAGAAUUAGAUUGUUCUUUGUUUCCUUUACAAGAAGAAGAAAUAAAAUUUUGGAAAGAAUUAUUAUCAAAUUUUCAAAGUGAUACACCGUCUAGUAUUAUUGAAUAUUUAAUUAGAAAAGAAUUAGAUGACCCUACUCGGGAAUCUAAUGUACUUUCUAUUUUAACGUAUUAUAGUGAUAUUAAUAAAUUAGCAAAUUUUAUAAAUUACAUUGUGUUAAGGGAAAUUACAGCUCGUUGUGAAGAUUUAACAAAUAACAGUACUGUCUUUUCAUCAUUUUUCUCAAUCUUAUUUUCUCUUUCAGGUAAAUAUUUACAGAUGGAAAUGUCAUCGAGUAUAUUUAAGAAAUGUUCAAAAUUAAAAAAUUAUAGUCUUGAUGACAUUGAAGGAAAAGACUCAAAUAAAGCAAUGAAAAAAUUUAAAGAAACAUUAAGUGAAAUAAUUACAUCAAUUGUCAAUGCUAAAACUAUUCCAAAUGUUAUACAAUUUACUUAUUAUACAAUGUAUUAUUUAUUUACACUUAAAUGUAAACAAUACUUAAUUAAAACAAUGAUUAGAUAUGUAUUUAAAAUUCCAUUUAAUUCAUUAAUUACAUUACUUGCUAAAGAAUCACCAGAACAUUUUCAAACAUUAAUGACAAUAUCAAAAUUAUUUAAUACUCUUAUUGAUGGUACAACAAGUGGUACAUACUGGAACUGUUGGUUACAAAAGAAUUGUCAAGACUUAAUGAAUGAAAUGAUACUUCAUGUUCAUAAGAAAAGUUGGCUUUGUUUUGAUAAAAAAAGAAUUUUAUUUAAUCCAGAAAAUGCUAUUAUUAUUCCAAUUGACUAUACUUUAAAUGAAGAAUGGGAGUCAUUAAAAGAAUAUACUUCUAAAUAUUCAUUUGAAAUAAUCAUUAGUUUUAAAGAUCCAAAUUAUAUAAUGAAAUCAACAAUAAUGACAUUAGUUCAUGAAAUUGAUAAUUUAAGAAUUAACUCUUUUAAUGAAAAUCAAAUGUAUCUUCAAAAAAUGUCUGAAAUGAAAAUGAGAAUGAAAGAUCUUCAAGAAGAAAGAAGAUAUUUAAAACAAUUACUUGGUAUCACUGAUGAUGAGUAA